GACGCAUGCGCAGUAGCUAAAGCUUGUGUUGUCUCGCUGCAGAAGUUAUUUACCUGCUUCUCCCAUUGUUUUGUUAUUGUUUUAAACAUUUCAACAAUCAGAUUUCUACAUUCAUAAUAUUUAAACUAUGCUGUGAUUAAUAUGGAAACUGGAGAUGCAGACUGGAGUAACCUGAGUCUAGGAGACCGGGAUGACUCAGUACUUGGGAGCUUCCAAAAGCAGGAUGAAUCUUCAAUGGGGUCCAUUGAUAAUAGAUCUGAUCAGGGAGAUGAUGAUUUUGCUAGCUCGUUAGGAAUGUAUGAUGGUUACGACAGCUACAACGAAAGUGGAAUAAGUUCAGAUAAUGAUGACUUGGAUGAUUCUUUACUGGAUGAUGAAAUCUUUGACAAUGAAGGAGUUUCAAAAUACAGGUUUCUCAACAACAAAGAAGGAAUGGCUACAUGUGAGAGAUGUGGUUCAGUGGGUGUCAAACAUGCCUUCUAUUCAAAGUCUAAGCGCUUUUGUAGUCUUUCAUGCUCACGGAGCUUUGCUACUCAUCAACGUGAGGGGAAACCUUCAACACCAAAGCUUAAUUUGCCCUCUGCUGUAAAAAAGGGCAAGCCAGGAUCUAAGAAAAUCAACCCAAAGACACAGCCAAACCUGCUCAAAGCAUCUUUACGAGGUGAAACAGGUCGGGUGUUUGAUUGGGGUCCUUACUUGAUCAGUAGCCAAGCCAAUGCAGCUUCUGUCUCUUGUUUCAAGCAUGUACCUAUGCAUGAUUGUUGGGAGCAAAUGGUAGAUGGUGUUCUUGUGGAAGUGCCUAACACAGACCUAGAAGUGGGUAAAGACAUCAGGGUAUAUUGGAUUGCAACUGUCUUAAAAAUUUGUGGCUAUAAAGUUCUACUGCGAUAUGAAGGAUUUGGCAGUGAUGGAUCAAAAGAUUUCUGGAGCAACUUGUUGUCAGAGGAUGUACAUAAUGUUGGCUGGUGUGCCACUUAUGGGAAAAUGUUGGCGCCUCCUAGAACAAUUAAAGAAAAGUAUUCAGAUUGGAAAGAGUUUUUAAUUAAGAGGUUAACUGGAACUCGCACCAUUCCUCCACAUUUUUACACUAAGUCCCAGGAGUGGCUGCAAGAGCACAAGCUUAAAGUUGGGAUGCAGCUGGAAGUCGUCAACAAAAUGUGUGUUUCUGCAAUGAGAGUUGCUGCCAUCAAAGAUAUCAUUGGCUGCAGGCUGCGCUUGAAUUAUCUAGAUAGCAAGGAAGAAAAUGAUGAGUUUUGGUGCCAUAUGACCUCACCCCUUAUUCAUCCUGUUGGUUGGUCACAUAUGGUUGGACAUAAGCUUCAUGCUUCACCUGAGUACCUAAGCUCUUGUAUGAGUAAAGUAACUAUGCAGAAAUAUGGUUGUAACGAUGCCACGCCUGAUAUGUUUCCCAGGUGCAAAGAUCCAGCACAUGGUCUUGCCUUUCAAGUGGGAAUGAAACUGGAGGCCAUUGACCCACUAAAUUUAUCUGCUAUCUGUGUAGCAACAGUCAUGAAGGUUCUUCGCAAUAACUAUUUAAUGAUUGGUAUUGAUGGAUCAAUGGCUGAGAAUGGUAGUGAUUGGUUCUGUUACCACGCAACAUCGCCAUGUAUUUUUCCUGUUGGAUUCUGUGAAAUCAAUAAUCUGGAACUGACACCUCCACGAGGUACAAAAGGUCCUUUUAAGUGGUUUGACUAUCUCAAACAAACCAGGUCUAUGGCAGCACCAGUAAAAUUAUUUGAUAAGGAAAUUCCAAAACAUGGCUUUAGACCAGGUAUGAAGGUAGAAGCUGUUGACCUUAUGGAACCCAGACUUAUUUGUGUGGCAACUGUGACAAAAGUAGUUGGGAGAUUGCUGAGAAUUCAUUUUGAUGGCUGGGAGAACAACUACGAUCAAUGGAUAGACUGCCAGAGCCCUGAUAUAUACCCUGUUGGAUGGUGUGAAGUUAUGAAACAUAGUCUUGAAGGGCCAAGGAGUAGAUUGGAAGGGACACAAGCUAACUCAACCCCAGUAAAUGUAAGAAAGCGCAAAGGAAAAACUCAAAUCUACAGGGGUCCUAGGAAGAAGAGAAGCUCAGGCUCAGAUAAGAAAGCCAAAGACCCGUCCAGAUUUUCACCUUCAUCGUAUGCAGCUAUUGGUGGAAUGGGGAGCCGCUACCAAUCAUUAUCAACUCAAUCUUCCAAAAACAAUGACUCAAUAUUUCCUCCACAUAAAAUGCUCUCCCCUGAAGCAGUUGCUGCAACUCUUCCACCCUUGCUUGAACCAGAUGUUGAUACAAAAGUUAAAAUAGAAGAUGUUGUAAGUCCCACUGUUGGUGCUGAUGCUAAUCCCCCAAUUUUAAGUCCACAUGGAAAAAUCCCACAAGGAUUUUCUCAAGAACUGGCAGAACGUCUCAAGUCAAGCACACCCCUCAAGUCUCUCGGCAACGCUAAUGGCAACAGUAUACUCUCUGAGAAAGCCGCCAAAGCUGCAACAUUUUUAAACAGUAAUAUAAACUCUGCUCCAGAGAAAGAAUCCAUGGAAUCAAAAUCCAAUCGCAUUGCAUCCUCGUCGUCAUUAAUGCUGACUGAUUCAGAAGUUGCUGAGGAAAGUGGGAGUGUUAUUGUUUUGACUUUAUCAUCAAGGUUGCGAGCUUUACACCUCAGCAAGUGGAGCUUAUCAGAUGUUGUCGACGUCCUCAAAGUAAAUGGCUGUGCUGCCUAUGCACAAAUCUUCAUUAAAAAGAACAUUGAUGGAGCAAGUCUCAUGUCCAUGUCCACUGACCAACUAACAAAACUGGUAGCUAUUGUGGAUGGACCAAUCCUUCGUCUCUGUGAUUUAGUGCAGCAAGUCAAGUCAUGUUCUGCAAGCUUACGUGAGGGUGGAGAGAGCAAGCAUUUAUAACAGUUUCAGUUGGGUUUAUAUGAUGUACAGUAAUCAAGAUUUAUUAAUGUUUAUUACAAGUUAAUCAAAUAAGUUAUUAAGUUUAAUUUAGGCAGUUUUUCUCUGAGUGAAUGUGUUAACAGCUGCUUUAUUUAGAUAACUAAAGAAUUUAGUGGCAAGAUCAUGUUGAUGAUCCAGGGAUGGUUUUCAUAAAUAACCAGCUUCCAAAAUACUUCCAUUGAUAACAGUUAUCCUCAUUUAAUAAAUUAUCACUAUCUAUUUUUGUAAGUCUAGACUUAAAAUCUCAAGACAAUAGAUUUUUUAGUGGUAAUUUAAAACAACUUUUUAAUCAGUUAUUAAUAGUUUGUCGUUUUAUAUUCUAAAAGGAAUAAUACUUUGGCACUUAUUUUUGUACUUCAUUAUUUAUUUUUUUAUAUAUUACCAAACAGGUUUUUCAUUUACAUUAGUUUUCCUCCCGCUGUGCCUAUUGACAUUCUUGUGAACAUGAUUCUAUUUGACAAGUUGUAACAUAGCCCAUGUACAAUGUUUUUGAAUGAGGAAUCCUGGUGUGUUUUGAAUCAUCCUGGUUGCUUCUUUCUAAAACAUUUAAUUGAGACAAAAACAAUGUACUAAUAUAUUGAAAGUUGUAUUUUUUUUUUACAAAUUGUGAUAAAGCAUUAAAAGUUCUUGACAGUG